AGAAUAGAUAUACGAAGGAAGAGAGAAUGAAUAAUUUUCUUCCAUCUAUUUUCUGGCCAUGUAAUGGGGAGUUCAUGCAGAAAUGAGCAUUUAAUUUUUACGAGAAUGCUUACACUGAUCUUUGUACCACAAUGACUUGACCAGGACUGUUAUAACAAAGAUGGCGCUGUUUCCCAAGGCGACAGUAAACAACAUCAUUACAUGUACACAAUAGUCUUUGAAAGAGUUUCAACUCUUUUAAAUACUCAAGAAUUUUUUCUAAUAGGAGUUUUCUUUAAAAAUGUUUAUUUAUUUAAGUAAGAAGAUUGCAAUUCCAAACAAUACAAAACUACAUUGUCUUUCAUGGAAUACCAGUCAUGGAUAUGUUGCUUGUGGAGGCGAAGAUGGUCUUUUGAAGUUGUUGAAAUUGGACAUACAGCAAGAUAAAAAUAGCAAAUUCAAAGGUUUGGCAGCACCAAGUAACCUCUCAAUGAACCAAACAUUAGAAGGACAUACUGGAUCUGUUCAAGUUGUAACAUGGAACAAUUAUCAUCAAAAGUUAACAAGCAGUGAUCAAUAUGGAAUGAUAAUUGUCUGGAUUCUCUAUAAAGGUGCAUGGUAUGAAGAGAUGAUUAAUAAUCGUAACAAAAGUGUUGUUAAAGAUAUGAAGUGGAAUGCUGAUGGUCAAAAAAUUUGUAUCAUCUAUGAAGAUGGUGCUGUCAUUGUUGGUUCAGUUGAUGGAAACAGAAUUUGGGGAAAGGAAAUCAAACUACAACUUUCUAGUGUUGAAUGGUCAUCUGAUGGUAGAAGCAUCUUGUUUGGCACAACAAGUGGAGAAGUUCAAGUAUAUGAUUCCCAAGGAAACUAUUGUACAAAAAUCGUGAUACAAUGCUUGAUGAAUGUGACUGGUGCUGCUAGAAUAGUUGGAAUUGUUUGGUAUCAUGGUAAUGAAGGCUACAUCCAACAGAAUUGUCCCGUUUUGGCUAUCUGUUUCGAUAUUGGUAGGAUGCAGAUAAUGAAAAAUGAGAUGGAUGACACUCCAGUCCUUGUCGACACGGACAUGACAGUACAGGGGAUUGAUUGGAAUACGACAGGAUCAAUAUUAGCUGUAGCAGGAUCACAAAAACUUACUCAACAGGACAGAGAAGUGAACGUUGUCCAGUUUUACAACCCUUUUGGUGAGCAUCUACGUACAUUAAAAGUUCCUGGUAAAGACCUGACUGCAUGUUCUUGGGAAGGUGGAGGACUGAGGAUAGCUUUGGCUGUCGACUCCUUUAUAUAUUUCGCCAUUAUACGUCCCGACUAUAUGUGGGGCUAUAUGACAAACACUGUUGUGUAUGCUUUCACCAAACCUGAUCGUGUGGAGCAUUGUGUGAUGUUUUGGGAUAUUAAGAAUCACGAGCAUUAUGUGAAAUAUGUCAAGAACCUUCUUUCAAUAACUGCGUGUGGCGAUCACUGUAUCUUAGCAACGAAAAGUUUGGAGACCAAGGACCAAUACGUUCUUGUUCUCUGUAAUGCUAUUGGCACUCCAUUAGAUGCAAGAUAUAUUGAUAUUGAACCACAAUUCAUGGCAAUGAGCAAGACGUUUGUGUUCGCUGCAUCGCAACAAGCGUUUAUUUCUUGGCAAUAUAAAACUCCUAAAAAACUGACCUCCCUUGACAUCAAUAGCAGUGCAUUGCGAAAGGAGAAUACGACGAAGGAAAAAAUGUUUCAUAUUGACGAUGUGCCCUCCGGCGCUGGUGAAGGGAUAAAACAUUUAAAAAAUGCUUUUCAGCCUACACGAGAACCAAUUUGCUGUAUGUGUACUACAGAGAAAACGCUUUUGAUUGCUCGCGAGUCAGGGACAUUACAUCGAUACUCACUUCCAAAACACGCUUUAGAGAUGAAAUACUUACUCAACUGUCGUCCACAUAAAAUUUCUCUCAAUUCAAAUUCCAGUCGAGUUGCUAUUCUUGAUAUAACAGGAGUGAUAACAUUCUUUGAUUUGGAUGCAAAGCGGACGGACGAAAGCGGAAACCCUCAACGCGGGGAGCACUUAAAGUUCGAGCGCAAAGACAGCUGGGAUAUGAAAUGGGCUUCAGAUAACUCGGAAUUAUUCUGCAUGAUGGAAAAAACAAGAAUGUAUGUUUUCAGAAAUCUUGAUCCUGAGGAACCAAUCUUAAGUUCGGGAUACAUUUGUGAAUUUAGCGAUUUGGAAAUCAAAUCUGUGCUUUUGGAUGAGAUCAUGAAAGAUCCUGAGAAUCCACCUAAAGACUGUAUUAUUGAUUUGGAAGUUAAGUCUUUACGUGACGCUCGUGAUUUGCUGGAGAAAGUAAGCAUUAAUGAUGCCCAUCAUUUUAUUGAAGACAAUCCUCAUCCUAGAUUAUGGCGUCUUCUUGCCGAGGCAGCGUUGGAACGUCUUUCAUUGGAAAUGGCAGAGAAAGCAUUUGUAAAAUGUCAAGAUUACCAUGGAAUAAAAUUUGUCAAAAGACUUGCGAAACUUGAUAGCGAUAUGAAAAGACAGGCAGAGGUGUGCGCAUAUUUUCAGAGAUUCGAGGAGGCCGAAAAGCUUUAUCUUGACAUGGAUCGAAGAGAUUUAGCUGUUGAUCUUCGAAUCAAACUUGGAGAUUGCUUUCGUGUUGUUCAAUUGCUCAAGUCUGGAGAUGGAACAGGUGAAGAUGCUCUGUUGGAACAAGCGUGGAACGCCAUUGGUGAUUAUUGUGCAGAAAGAAUGCGUUGGCAACAGGCGAUUACUUACUAUCAACAAGGACAAAAUCAAGAGAAAUUAAUGGAGUGUUAUUACAUGCUGGAAGAGUAUGACGGUUUGGAAAAGAUUGUGAAUUCUUUACCUGAAAAUCAUCGUUUAUUACCGGAAAUUGGGGCCAUCUUUCAAAAUGUUGGAAUUAGUGAUAAAGCUGUGGCGGCUUUCUUGAAGUGUAGUCGUGUUAAAGACGCCAUCGACUGUUGCAUUGAACUAAACCAAUGGGACAAAGCUAUUUAUCUUGCAAAACAGCACAAUAUUAAAGACGUUGAUGGUCUUCUAGCUAAAUAUGCUUCUUAUUUGUUGGAGAAAAAUAAAACCUUGGAAGCCAUUGAACUCUAUCGGAAGGCCGGUCAUUAUAUUUCUGCAGCGAAACUUCUAUUUAAGACGGCAAAAGAAACAGCUGAUCCAAUCCAUAAUCCUUUGCGAUCGAAAAAGUUAUUCGUGUUGGGAGCAUUAUUGAUUGAAAAAUAUCACGAACAGGCUAAAAUAUCAAGUUUAAACAGUGGAAAGAGUACAAAAGAGGCGACCACUGCACUUGCUGGUCUACUGGAAGAUGAUAUAGCUUCAAGUGAAGAUAGUCAAAUCGUGGACAAAGCCUGGAGAGGAGCCGAGGCCUAUCAUUUUCUUGUUCUUUCUCAGAAACAACUUUACAAUGGUUAUAUUGACGCCGCAAUGACAACGGUUAUGCAUUUGCGUGAUUACGAAGAUAUUCUUGAUCCAAUCAUCAUUUACUCUCUACUUGCCUUAGUUUCUUCGAACAACAGAUGUUUUGGAAUAUGUUCAAAGGCAUUUAUUAAACUGGAAUCGAUCGAAAACCUUCCCAAAGAACAAAAAGAUGCAUUUGAGAAAUUGGCCUUAGAUAUUUUCACGAGGAAUCCUCCAAAAGAUAAUCGCAUAAAUACAGUUGAAUGUCCCAGCUGUGAAACACCAAUACCGGAUUUGUGCAAACGUUGUCCACAGUGUGAGACCCAGUUCCCAACAUGCAUUGUUACUGGACGUCCGCUUAUGGACUAUCAAUUUUGGAUAUGCAACACAUGCAAACAUCGUGCAUACGAAAAGGAAAUUCGAGCGUUGGCAACGUGUCCUCUCUGUCACACCAUCAUCUAACAAACUGACAAUAGAAGUCGUGCGAUUCGUGUUAUGGUGGUUAUCGUUCAUGGCGAGGAAUUUCAAUUUUUUUAAAUAAUGCAAAUAUCAAGUUAUUUCAUACCUUAUAAACUUUAUGUAAUUAGCUGUUUAGUGUAUUUACCUUUUCACGUAGUCAAAUACGCGAAAUAAGUAGGAUUUUAACAACCGAACUAUCGUCUGCAUCUACAAACAUAAUAUAACCUACAACA